AUGACGGAUAACGAGUAUAAUUCGUCGGGAAACGAGUAUCGACAUUCGGAAACAAGUUUUUCCGGCUUUUCUGGGGUUGAUUUAGAAGAUUAUGGCGGUGAUGGAAUUGAUUACAGCGAUUGGUUUAAGCUAGAUCAUGGGUUUGAUAGUGAUGUUGAAGCAAUUACUUGGGCUAAGAGUACUGCUAUAAAGAUUGGAUUUGAAUUAGUCAUUUCGUCACAUAAGAACGAGGGGAAAAAGAAGCUUCUACGAUGUGCUCGGGGUGAGCGUUACAGAGGUUCAUUCACAGAUUCUGAUUCCUUCGUACGGAAAAAUACGAAGACAAAAGCGUGUAAGUGCAAAUUUAAAAUUAUUGUCAAAUUAGGAAAGACUGCAUGGUUUAUACUUACAGAUCCUGGUAUUUCGAGUACACACAACCAUGCUCUAGCUGUGUAUCCUGAAGGAUACCGUCAGAUGAGUGGGCUGAGUGGCGAGGCGAAAGAAAUUGUGCGAGAUAUGACUGCGGCACAAGCGAAGCCGUGUUCUAUCAUGGCAGCUUUAAAAGAUAAAGUACCAUCUGACAACCCUAGAAUAAAGCAAGUGUACAACUAUAGAGAGACUUUGAGAAAGUCUAGCUUUGAGGGUAGAGAUGUGGUUGGUGAGACUACUUCGUACGUACUACUGGAUCAUCGGCAUGGACUCCACGUACAAGACGAACAAGUACAAGCUGCCUUUUUUGAGAUUAUUGGAAUGACUCCUUGCAACAAGAACUUCAUAAUUGCAUAUGCAAUUAUGAAGGAUGAGACUGAAGGGAGCUACAGAUGGGUAUUGGAGAGACUGGGGUGCUUGAUUGGGGAACAUAUUCAUCCGAGCGCUAUUCUUACUGAUCGAGAAUUGGGGCUUAUGAGACCAGUGUCAGAGGUUUUCCCACGUUCUUCUCAUCUACUAUGUACGUGGCACAUAAAUAAGGACGUAGAAGAUAGAGUGUACAGAAUUAGUGGGAAAAACCAAGAGUUUGCUGAAAUUUUCAAGAAUAGUACAUGGAAGAAAAUUAUCAGAGCGCCAAGUUUUGAUCAAUAUAACAUAGCUGUGGAGCACUUCAGAGAUCGGUUUAAAGGUUUUCCAGGGUUGAUACAGUACAUUGAGGGGACUUGGAUGGGACACAGAGAGAAGUUCGUAUCUUGCUGGACGGACUUAGUCCUACAUUUUGGAAACACCACCACAUGUAGAGUCGAGAGCGCACAUGCUCAGCUUAAGCAGUGGCUCAACUCUAGCACCGGUGCUCUGGACACAGUCUGGACGAAGGUCGACAAAGUUAUACAGUCGCAGCUGAUAGAUAUCCGCAAAACACUUGAGGACUCCAGACGGACUAUUGGCGUACAUCGACGCGGUUUUCCAUUUGACAAGCUCUCAUGCAGAGUGUCGCAUUACUGUCUGGAUUUAAUAUCGAAAGAACUAAGGCGUAUGCGAGAUUUGAGUACCGAUGUCUACGAUCGCUGUGGUUGUGUGGUUAGAUCAACACAUCAGAUCCCCUGUGCAUGUGAGCUGCGAGCGGUGGUCGAUUCAGGUAACCCGAUCAGCCUUGACAGUAUACACCCGUUUUGGACGAAACUUGUUAUUCUCGGCGAUGGGUUGGACGCAUCUGCGCAACCCGAUUUUGCUGGUUUUCAGACUGAGGAACAUCAGUAUUUUCACGAGGUCGCCGAGGAGGUCAUGACUAAGGAUCCUUCAGUGUUGCGUGAUAUUUCUCGUAUUGUUCGAGAGCGACUUCACCCCGAAGACUUAGGCUACAUGGAACCAGAAGUUAAAACAAAUGUCAAAGGUCGACCAAAGGGGAGCAAAUCAACGAAGCGGGAUCCGAGUCGUCAUGAGUACAAGGACCGUGUACCUGGUCGUCCUAAAUCUUCCAAAGCUCAGAAAAAUCGUACAUCCGCGUCAGCUGGUUUGCAAAAUGCGGAGGUUAUUCCAGGAUUCCUUUUACCAUUCGUUGACGAGCUUGUGGACGUGCGUGGAGACGGCAACUGUGGAUUUCGCGUGGUGGCAGACCACAUAUAUGGUGACGAGAAGAUGUGGGGAAUGACUAGAAUGAACAUUGCAAACGAAAUCUCCGCCCACCCUUAUCGAUACGAGGGUAUUUUCAUUGAUGGGUUGCAAGCGGCCAUUACACGUAUUAGCUGGGAAGGCGGAGAGUGUGGCCCUAGCUACUGGAUGCAGGUAUUGGAUGACUUGUUCCCUAUUGCCACUAUCUUCAAUGCAGCUGUUAUUUACAUACAAGGCGGGACGCUACAACAGACUCGGUUCUCUUCGUUUACUGUUCUGCCUUUGCAUUCCUCUGAGGUUCACUCACGACCAUCCAAGGAGAUAGUGAUAUUGUAUAUUAGUGGACGCGCACAUUUUGUUAGGUUGAAUUUGCAGGAUAAUUUUCCUGUCCCACCAAUUCCCACGCUGUGGUUCCAGCACAGGGACCAUACUGUUCAGUCUUGGCAUACUUUAUAUGCUAAUAGGAGAGAGCAAUGGGAUAGUUUGAUAGGUAUGGCAGAUUGAGUUGAUUGUAAAAUGUUUAUUCGGUAAUUAUGCUGAUUGUGUGUUUUAUUAUUAUACGUGUAAUAUUUUUGAA